AUGGAGCAAGACAAAAAAGCACUGCCUGGACUGUCUCGCUUUUUUCAAGAUGAAGUCGAGCCUCGACAUGCCGACCUCCUGCUCUUUACAUGCUGCUUGAGUUCCGGUCUUGUUGAUAGUACGAUAUACAAUGCUUACAACACCUUCGUAUCCAUGCAAACAGGUAAUACCAUCUUCGUUGGGUUGGGUGCCUCCAACCAGAACCCUCGUCCGUAUGGAUGGGCUCGCUCAUUGACAUCUAUCGGAUGUUUCAUCCUCGGCUGCUUCCUGUUCGCGCGGCUCAGUCGCAUAAUCGGGGCCCGCCGACGUGGCAGUUUGAUGCUUUCCUUUCUCCUCCAGUCGAUGAUCAUUAUCAUCACGGCCGGCCUCGUCCAAGGUGGAGUCAUCUCCAGUGCCUUUGACGGCGCCCAGUCGUCGAGCACCACGAGGUGGGAUCAAGAAGUCCCAAUUGUCCUUCUCAGUCUUCAGUCAGCAGGACAGAUCGUGGCGAGCCGUGCAUUGGGGUUUAACGAGAUUCCCACGGUGGUCAUCACCAGUCUCCUAUGCGAUCUCAUGUCAGACCCCAAGCUAUUUCUAUUGCGCAAUGAAAAGCGCGAUCGACGGGUCAUUGCAUUUGUGUUGACUUUGCUGGGAGCAAUUAUUGGUGGUUGGGUGACCAAAGCAACGGCGCAAAUUACCCCAAUUCUGUGGUUAUCGGCAGGCAUUAAGAUGCUAGUGGUUGUUGCCUGGGGAUUCUGGCGAACCAAGCCGUGA